CUUCUUCACUUUUCUGAGAUUUUAUUUACUUUAGCAGGAGCGUUUGGCUGUCAGCAGCAUGGACGUUCACCUAGAGGCCCAGAAGAAACCUUUAUCCACCCUGUCUGCCUUCAGUUACAUCCCGCCGCGGCGAAACGACCCCAAAGAGGCGUCCUAUUUCAGCAAAGAGCCGCAGGCCCCAGAUGUGUCCACGUAUGACCAGUUGUUCAACCAGGCUGAGGGUUACGACAUGAGGCUGCACCGGGAUGACAGAAGACACUGCAAAGGACGAGGACUCGACAUAAACCAGGAGGAGCGGUCCAGAGCGGUGCCGGUGCUGUCCUCCUCCGUGUACGGCCACCGCCCGGCCCCCGCCCUCCUCCAGACGGGCCGCCAGCACGCCCGAGUGGCCCGCAUCCAGGCCGACUUCUUCAUGAAGAACGGGAUCAUCUGGAACGUGGCUGAGGGGUACGGAUCGGUGGCCCCCCUCUGA